AUGUCCUAUAACACAGUUUGUAAUGUGUUAUGUCUCUCUAGGUCCUGGAGUAAUUACAGCUACCUGAUCCUCUACACGCUGUUCUGCUUCCUCCUGCCUGUCGCCAUCAUAAUCUACUGUUACACCAAGGUCCUCACCUCUAUGAGACAGGUACACAUUCAUCUACUGUUACACCAAGGUCCUCACCUCUAUGAGACAGGUACACAUUCAUCUACUGUUACACCAAGGUCCUCAGCUCUAUGAGACAGGUACACAUUCAUCUACUGUUACACCAAGGUCCUCACCUCUAUGAGACAGGUACACAUUCAUCUACUGUUACACCAAGGUCCUCACCUCUAUGAGACAGGUACACAUUCAUCUACUGUUACACCAAGGUUCUCACCUCUAUGAGACAGGUACACAUUAAUCUACUGUUACACCAAGGUUCUCACCUCUAUGAGACAGGUACACAUUCAUCUACUGUUACACCAAGGUCCUCACCUCUAUGAGACAGGUACAUAGUAAUCUACUGUUACACCAAGGUCCUCACCUCUAUGAGACAGGUACACAAUCUACUGUUACACCAAGGUCCUCACCUCUAUGAGACAGGUACACAUUAAUCUACUGUUACACCAAGGUCCUCACCUCGAUGAGACAGGUACACAUUCAUCUACUGUUACACCAAGGUUCUCACCUCUAUGAGACAGGUACACAUUCAUCUACUGUUACACCAAGGUCCUCACCUCUAUGAGACAGGUACACAUUAAUCUACUGUUACACCAAGGUCCUCACCUCUAUGAGACAGGUACACAUUAAUCUACUGUUACACCAAGGUCCUCACCUCUAUGAGACAGGUACACAUUAAUCUACUGUUACACCAAGGUCCUCACCUCUAUGAGACAGGUACACAUUAAUCUACUGUUACACCAAGGUCCUCACCUCUAUGAGACAGGUACACAUUAAUCUACUGUUACACCAAGGUCCUCACCUCUAUGAGACAGGUACACAUUCAUCUACUGUUACACCAAGGUCCUCACCUCUAUGAGACAGGUACACAUUAAUCUACUGUUACACCAAGGUCCUCACCUCUAUGAGACAGGUACAUAUAGAGCCUCAGCCCACCGAGGGAAAUAAUGACUUUUUUUCUCUGCUCACUGGUAUGUUAAUGAUGGUGGUUAGUGAAUGUUAGUGAAUGUUAGUGAAUGUUAGUGAAUGUUUGUGAAUGUUAGUUAAUGUGGUAGUGUGGACACACCUUUCUAAGUCAAUUUCUGUCCAUAUACCAACUGUACAAAAGCCUCUUCCAGUUGGGAUAGAGGGACUGUAACAGGGACUGUUGCUAUAACUGGAGACCGUAAGAGGGGUUUAGACGCUGAGACUGAGUACUGUCUGUCGUCGGGUAUCGUCUUCCUCUUCUUCCUCUUCCUCCUCCAGCUAAACCGUAGCACGGAGCUGCAGGGCGGUCGCCCCUGUCUGCAGGACAAUGAGCGGGCAGUAAGGAUAGUGCUGGCCAUGAUCGGGGCCUUCUUCGUCUGCUGGCUGCCCUACACAGCCCUGUCCGUGGUGGUUGUGGUGGACCCAGAGCUCCACAUCCCUCCACUGGUGGCUACCAUGCCCAUGUACUUCGCCAAGACUAGUCCAGUCUAUAACCCCAUCAUCUACUUCCUAAGCAACAAGCAGGUAUGUGUACUGGAGGAGAGGCAGAGAAAAGUUAGAGUGAGAACACACCACAUCAGUUACAUUUGUAGAUUAUCGAAGGGGACUGCUAUAUGUCUGCUCCCUGUGGUUUUAAUUCAGUUAGAAUACACAUUUCCGUUUUGGUUAUUUAGGCCUAUAUUUAAUCCGUAUUGCGGAAGCUCCGCGCUGUAGCUCGAUUGAAAUUUAAAGGUAAUGUUCCCGCAUUCGCAGAGACGGCAUUCACGGUAAACGCUGCAUGUGUCUGCUCAAUGCGAAAUGAUCUUUACAUUUCAAUCACGGCUGUAACGCGGAUCUUCAGGCGAUACGGAUUAAAUCUAGCCCUUAUUAGUGGACACUCAUCCAUAGCGACUCUAGUAAUGUCUUGUGGAUUGUCUCGUGUAUUGAAGAUUGUACGAAUUGAUUUAUAAUGCUUUACCACACAUUCUGUACAUGGUUUGUUAACAGUUGUGUCCGUACUCCCUGUAGUUCCGUGAUGCCACUCUGGAAGUCCUCUCCUGUGGGCGCUACAUCCCCCAUGACUCGGCCCCCGACACCCUCCCCAUGCGCUCCAUGACCCUAAGGACCACGGUGGGCAGAAAAAAACAAGGGAUCGGUGCACACAGCAGGGUGCUGCCUCUGUGACUCCUCUCUCCUCCAUCUCCUCCAUCACUCCACUGGAAACAGAAACGGGAACCUAGAAGUAUCACGGUGGUCUGGGUCCAUCCGAGCCCCAUCACAGCUACUCACUCAGGUGAAUCCUAACUUACAAUUCAGUUGAAUAUUCACCCAGUGUCCCAUUGACAUUAAUGUAUAACUAAGUGAGAAUUCGACUUAAUAAAGUCCAGUCCAUGUCAAUCAGUCAGCAACCAAGUCCUCGUCUGCAGUACAUUCAAAAACUGAAAUGGCGCAAGGAUUCUAAAGUAUAACAAUGGGAGAUUUUUAAAAGAAUUACAGAAAACCGGGGUGCAAAUUUGUCUUUGAAAAUGAUUUAUGGAGAUCCAUUUUAGAGUAUUGCAAAGCUGAUUUUGUUUUCGUAAUGUAGAGUGUGUGUUUGUGUCUGUGUGUGUGUGAUUGCGGAUGUGCGCGCAUGCGUGCGUGUGUGAGUAUUUUCAAAGUAAUUUCUGAUAUUUCACAGUGUAUUUAUUACAGUAUACCAACCAAGGGACAUACUACAUACUACAUUUCUUUGUGCACUGUUUUGUCAUGUAAUGUUCUAAAUGCAUGAAUGUGUGUGUGUGUGCAUUCAUGCAUGCAUGCGUGUGUAUGUGUGAGAGAGUGUGUGCGUGUGUGUGCUUGCGUGUGCAUGCUUGUGUGUGCGUGUGUUUGUGUGUUUGUGUGCGUGUGUGUGUGCGUGCGUGCGUGCGUGUGUGUGUGUGAGAGAGAGAGUGUGGUAGACACACGGUUUCUUAAUUUUUUAUUUUAUGCAAGUGAUCUCAAUUAUUCAAUAAAAACGAAUCUACCAAAUAUCGAUUGUUCUUGUAUAUUUCUUUGGCAAGACAGAAACUUUUCUGGAAAGUGGGUGAUAUGUUAAGGGUUUUUAUUCACACUGAUCAACUCAGUCUGAAGACACAACCCAUUGGACUACAGAAACAGGAUGGAUAGAUAAAGUAAGUCUCUAGGUCAUUGAGCAGCGUUUCUCCUUCCUGGUCCUGGCGACCCAAAGGUUGCACAUUGUAUUUUUUACCCUAGCACUACGCAGCCGACUCAAAUGAUCAACUCAUCGUCAAGCUUUAAUCAUUUAAAUCAGAUGUGCAGUGCUAAGGCAGAAUCAAAAAUGUGCACCUCUUUGGAUCGCCAGGACACCAGGAUUGAGAAACACUCCUGUAGGAAAAGAGUGAAUGGACUGAACCAUGAGAGAUGUUAUUCCAACGUCCUGUCCUCUCUGUGGCUGCCUCUGAAGAACAUAGUGUCUUUAUUAACCUGGGUGACUUCAAUUUGAUCAAUGAACAGAGAGGAUAAAAACCUGGCUUGAUCUAAUCCCAGAUUUAGCCUGUAUGAGCUGGGAAAUGUUCAAGCAAAGAGUAUUUCACACUUAAUCCUAUUUUAGAAAUAGGAUUAUACAUUGUCACAUAGUAAUCAGAUAACAUGCUCGGCUCAUCUUUCAGUCAUUUCUUUGGAUGUUUCAAGAAUACUGACCUGUCAGCCACCUGGCUGUAACAAUAUUCCAUCAUAAAACAUGUAGGUAACUAUAUGUUCAUUUUUUUUUUAGUAAAAACACGAAAAUAUAAAGAAAAACAUCCAGAUAGAUGUAAAAAUUACUCUAUCCCCAUAGAGUAAGUAUAGGCCAUUGAUGAUAGCAGGGUCAGGUUUAGACUUCAGUCUAAAAGUCCGGUGCAAUAGACAGAUGACACCUCUUGCUCAGCCUGCCAUCUUUCUACUAUGAGCAGAACACAGUAGUCAACCAUGCCUGCUCCUACUUAUUGUGUGUAGGUCUGCAACAGCACAAUUCAAGUUCGAGAACUUCCUAACAGCCAACUGGCUUUAACAGUCUUCUAUCAUAAAACGUGUAGUUAACACGUCAAUUCUUUAGAAAAAAAACCCACUAACAUAUGAAUAUGAGUAUUUUCAUGAUAAAAGGGUCAGGUUUAGACUUCUAUAGCUGUUUUGAUUGGUCUAAAAAUAGAUAGAUGGCACCUCUUGCUCAGCCUGCAUUCUUUCUCUACUGUACACAGUAGUCAACCAUGCCUAUUCCUAUGCUUUUGUGUAUGGGUUUAUAACACCUAACAGGCAGGGUUGGGUCAGUAUUGCCAAUUGGUCAGCAGUGCUAUUGUAAUAAACAUGUAAUAAGCAUGUCUUAAAUAUAGCCCGUCGCUCUAAAACACUUCAUAGGGACACAUCCAAUUAAACCCACCACCCUCACUGUAAUUAAACCCACCACCCUCACUGUAAUCCCCGUUGAGGAUACAACACAGCCAAGUGCAAAUAGAUGUGACUCACAGUGAGGAUUCCCUGGUGACCAGUGAGCCAUGCAGGGUGUCGAUGAACACAAGUGGACACAGCGGGGCGUCACCUGGGUCAUAUUCAUUAGGCACUAAAAAUAAGAAAAACAACUUAGGGCACACCAAUAAGAACCCUCAUUUUCGUUUUCCAUUGCACAAUGUUUUGCAAAAUGUUGCUAUGGUGUGCCCUAAUGAACACAACCCUGUCAUAAUGACAGGGGCUAAGGACGUGCUAUGAAGGAUGUGCUUCAUUCUGCUUUGGGCAUGGAGUAGAUGUUGUUGCCGAUAUCGGUAAUAAGCUUAGGUUGCGGCUGUGGGCUCCUGAUCAUAAAGGAUUCUGAAAAGGAUGGGGAGAUGGAACUGUUGUUCUGAAAUGGAACUCAAACCUUUCUAAGAUGGAACUAUAUCCAAUAACUAUUUGAUUUGUGAGAUGAGAGGCACUCUACCUAUUUCAUGGGUAUAUGGGAACAACACAGUUUGGGAGGAGUACAUUGACAUCUCAUUUACCGUUGCAAACUGUGCAGUGUUAUUCUUCACUUCCAUUGUCGGCAUCGCAGCGAAUGUGUUCGUCACAUGGGCAGUGUACCGUCAAAAGUCUCUUCGAACGUGGAAUAAUGCGCUCCUGGUCAACCUCGCCGUUAUCGACAUCCUUCGUUGUUGUAUUGACUGUCCUAUUCUCCUCACCAUCGUUCUGAAGGGACCCGUAGGAGGAGGUCUGGAGAAACUGCUCUGUGACGCCCAGGUCGCCUCCUUCUCGUUCAGCUGCUGUAUUCAGUUGCUCACCUUGGCCUGCAUCAGCAUGGAAAGACAUCAAGCAAUCGCCCACCCUUUCAAAAUCACCCAGCGCCGAAGACGGAUUCUGGUGUGGAUCCCCUUGACCUGGAUGGUGGGUGUUCUCGUUGCGGCCUUUUGUUUGACGUUUGUCAAGGACUCACCUGUGUAUGUUAGGUGCAGGGGAUGGCAGGUAAAUGUGCAACUAUCCUAUGACACCUUUGGACUCUAUAUAUUAGUUCCGCUAUGGUCAACCUGCUUCGCUGUCAUUACUGGAUUCUAUGCUCGUAUAUUUAUCAUAGUGAGAGCACACGGUCAAAAAAUGUUGGACAAAGGAUCUUUUCCAGCAACUAAACAGGACACCGUGAAAGAAGCAACAAGUAAAGUUCAGGAAGUGGAUGAAAAAGACGGGAAAACAAAACAUGACGAUUCUGAGAAAAAUGAAAUAGAGGUGGAAAGGGAAACAGACCAAAGAGAAGAGAACAGGCAAAGGGAAACUGUUCAGCAAGAACCUGUUGAAAGAAAGUUACCCAGAAAAGACCCUGAAAUUGGAUUUACGAACACAACAACGAAGAACGCUCAAGGAGCCAUGAAAGACUCUUCGGACAACAUUUCAGAAACCAAGACUCUGGGUAGCAAUUCUGAGCUACUCCCCAGUAAGGUGAAACUACCACGUGUUUCAUUCGCGCCACAGGUGGACAACCCCAGUGCCAAGGUGCUCAAGUUGGUAGACUUGGAACAAGACAAGGAUGUCCAUUCACUCCAUCCCAAUUCUAUUGGUGAUCAUGAUGUCAAAGCAGAUGAUAUUUCUCCAUUACCUACCAAGGUUGAGGAGACUGUAGCAGCAAUCCCCGUUCCAGAAACAGAAACUCCAGCUGCAGAUCAAAGCUUGGAGGUUAAAGGUGCCGUCUGUAUGAUGCCGUCGUUCGUCAACAAAGAGCAUGCCAACAAAAAGAAGGAGAGUAAACUGGCAAAGCGUUCUGGUUACAUCAUUCUCACCUUUCUGAUAUUCUGGAUGCCGUUGAUCGUGAUGGUGAUGGCCAACUUCUGCAACAGAAACAGGAAUUCCGGGGUAAGUCGUUUUUUUUUGUUUCUGAUGGUCAGUGUCAGUGAACAGUUCAUCAAAUGCCUUUUUUUAAAUAUAUGUUUUAUAUCAAAUAUACAACCCAUAGCUUCUAUCAAUUUCAUAAUGCAAAUUGCAUAAUAUCAAAUGGGGUCUCUAAAUAGUGCUAAUUUAACCAUUCUCCUAUGUCUUUAAAAAAGACAGUGGUAAAUAUGAAAAUAAAAGCCUUCAAAUGAAACGAACACCACCACCUCUCUAUCAUGGCUGCACUAACCGUCUCCCUGUCCAUGAAUGGUGUAAAUUCUAUAGAGAGGCCCUGUCCACUGAGCUCCCUAAAACGCAUAGAUUUUCCUUUGUACUUUCACAAUUUGUUUGUUAUGCAUCCUUGAUAAAAAAAUACAAUUUUUUUCCAAUGCAUUUGAUUUAUCUGUUGAUUUAUCAUUGUUGCUUUUGUCAGUCAGCUGUUUAGAGCGCUCAUUGCUUUAUUUGUCAGGUGCGUGUGGGUAUUUGUUCUCCAUGCAGUCCGUAGCCCAUUUAUUUAGCUUUAUUGUUUUCUAUCAAUGUUUGUUUUCUUUCUUGGAUCAGCUGAUGAUGGUCGAAAAUAUCACUAGACAACUAGCUUACAGCUAGACACAAAUGCACAUCCAAUCCAUCCAACAAGUAGGCUACAAGUUAAUGUUAGUAUCCCUAUAUAAUAAUAAAUAAUAAUAUGCCAUUUAGCAGACGCUUUUAUCCAAAGCGACUUACAGUCAUGCGUGCAUACAUUUUUGUGUAUGGGUGGUCCCGGGGAUCGAACCCACUACCUUGGCGUUACAAGCGCCGUGCUCUACCAGUUGAACUAUAUAUAGUUGACUCCUUCAGUUAGAAGUAUUCGAUUUUGCAAUGGCAUAGGCCUAUAUUAUUUUUGGAUUUGUGUGCCCAUGAGAACUGUUUUCACGGCGAAACAUAAUGAAAUGUUACAUAGGCAUAGUUACAUAGUUACUUACAGUGCACUUUUCCCGAGAUCUCCAAGAUCCAGGAUCCGUACAGGGUUUAAGUUCAAUGUUCUAAUUCUAUUGGUAAAUGGUUAAUAAUGACAAAUAACACAGCCAUAACUGUAAUUAAUGUAAGGAAAUAAAGGUAGUGCCGGGUAAAUGCAAGUAAAGGCAGUUUACUCACCUUUUUUAGAAAAAUGCAUUGAAAGUCUAGGGAGCGUUACUUUUUUCACCGCGACCAGCAAUCGGAGUUUACCCACCAUUUUAUUUAUUUUUACCACACUAGGCUACAUCACUGGCUACCGGUAGGCCUAUUUGAAGUUCAUGGUGAUACACAUUGUAGCCUAGUCUAGUAAAAUUGACCGUGUGUGUUAGGGUAACCAUGGCGUUUUUCCUGGGACAGUUUCAGACCCAUUUCAUGUGUCCCGACUUUUCAGGCUACAAAAAAAGGUGAAUUUGUCAGCAAGACGCAAUCAAUUAAUGUAGACCUAAUCAAUGGCAGUCGCCGAAUGUCAUGACGCAAACUUUUUGGUGUUUUGUAACAGUUGUCUAUUUCCAUUCAUCAAAUGGAUGCUGGCAUUAUUUCGGAGGGGACGAAAGCACAGGUAGCAUACUUUUUUAAGUGAUAUGUUUGACAAUCAGAUAAUAAAAGGUCAUUCAUUUUUACAGUUUUUACCGUUAAAUUACAUCUUUACUAUUAGGCCCAUAAAGAAAUACGUGCACCCAUAAAGAAAUACGUGCACCCAAUAGAGACAGUCUCAGAUAAUAAAAGGUCAUUCAUUUUUACAGUUUUUACCGUUAAAUUACAUCUUUACUAUUAGGCCCAUAAAGAAAUACGUGCACCCAAUAGAGACAGUCGCAGAUAAUAAAAGGUCACUCAUUUUUACAGUUUUUACCGUUAAAUUACAUCUUUACUAUUAGGCCCAUAAAGAAAUACGUGCACCCAAUAUAGACAGUCGCCCCCCCCCCCCAAUUGUCACGGUGUAAUUCAAACUCUGCUUAUUACGCAAUACAUUUGGAAGCUCUUGUGAAUGGAAAUCAUUUUGAUCUAUUGACAUAUUGAAAAACAAAAAUUCAAGAAUUUAUGAGUGUUUAAUUAUUCAAUACAUCAUUCUACUAUUCUGAAUGGAGAUUACUAUAGGAGGUUAUACAAUUCUGAUACAGCAUAAACAUUGUUUUACAUGUUUCUGCCUUUCAGAUGGGGACAGCUCAGGAUCUGGAGUUCCUGUCUGUAUCAGUGGCCUGCAUGACCUCUGCCAGUAACCCCAUAACCUACGCCGUGGUCAACCCUCAGUUCAGAACAGAGUUCCACUAUCUUAGGAGGAAA